AACUGAAAGCUUUGGCUGCCAAAGCAUGUUUUCAUUCACAUCUGAUAAUAACAGCCCAGAAAAAGGCGAAGGAAACGGCUCUUGGGUUGAAGGGGGGAACCGUUUCGACGAAGGAGCGACCCGUCGAAAGCGCCCCCUAAUCCCAUCCAAUAUGCCAUUUCUGAGAUUCUUCAGAUCUCUUCUUUCUGGACUCGACCUUCCGCUCAGAAGUUAUCUGCUGUGAUGCUUUGUUUUUCCUUCAUAAAUGCAAAUCUGCAGAUCUGUUCCGUCUUGGAUUUGUCAUAUCGUUGCAUGCAUGGGAGGUUGUCUUGGAUGCUGUAGUAAGCCCACAGAGAUUAUUGGUGUGUAUGAGUCACCAAAGGGACUGACAAUUCAAGGAAGAACAGCAAUGAGACCUAGCCCAGUAGAGGAUUUCUGGAGCACUAGCACAGGUGAGAUGGAUAAUAGUGCAGUUCAGUCCCAAGGAAGCAUUUCAUCUAUCAGCACAUCAAACCAAACCUUUGAUCCCCACAGUAAUGCGGGCAGCACAAGCAACCCUCCUGAAUUUGUAAAUCAUGGUUUGCUUCUCUGGAAUCAGACAAGGCAGCAAUGGAUUGGAAAUCAAAAGUCUCAGAACAGGAAACAAGUUCAAGAACCCAGAAUAAGUUGGAAUGCAACAUAUGAGAGUUUACUGGGGACCAACAAGCCUCUCCCCCAGCCUAUCCCUCUCCCUGUAAGUUUGCUUGGAUGUGGUGGUUUUGGGCCCUGUUAUUUUUUGGGCAAUAAAGCAUGCGUUUCCUGACUGUACAUUUGAUUUCAAUUGACAGGAAAUGGUAGAUUUUCUUGUUGAUGUCUGGGAGCAGGAGGGCUUAUACGAUUGAGCAAGCAAAAGCACAAAAACAUUUCAAAGUAUUAUGUUCUCAGUUGUAACUUAUACAAGGUUUUGAUAACUGAAAAUAUGUUGAUCAAAGACAAAGCAUGAACUACGAUGUCCUUCCAUUACUGUUCA